AUGAAGAAAACACACUCUCCUCCCACCAAAAUGGCACUGUCCGGUGGAAGUCUUUGCUGUCGUUUGUCUCUUCAAAGAAUUGGUCUAUUUCAACACAAUUGGAAAUCGACCGGGUAUUAUUUUCCUAACACAUAUCUUCAAUCAAGAUUGUCCCCGUGUAGACAGUACAAAGCCUCGGACUCCAGCCAAGGCAUCGGUCGACAUGUGUCGUCAAGAUUGCAGGUGGCAAAUGUCAAAUAUGAGAAUUUCCUCAAAAGGAAAUUUCCGAAAUUUUACAAACUCUAUCGCACUUUUACUGAAGGAUUUAAACUACUCUUCCAAGAUGGCAAGGAAGUGAGCAGGAUCCAAACCAGACUGGUCACAGGGAAGGUGACAUGGGAGGACUUGCCAUACCGAGAAAUGGAGAGGCUGAGGCAGUUCCGCAGAGACCUGAUUAAAGCCAUUCCACUCGUGGUGAUAUCCAUCCCUCCAUUCGCCAAUUACCUGGUUUUCGUCCUGAUGUACUAUUUCCCUCGCCAGCUCCUGGUACGCCAUUUCUGGACCCCGCAGCAGCAGCUGGAGUUCCGUGGCUUCUACCACAGCCAGAGAGCGGGGCACACCGGGGCUGUGCUCCAGGGCAUCCUGGACACCGGCUACCAGGUCAAAGACAGCCGCCUCCAGAGUCGCCUUCAGGACCUCUGCACCCAAGUGCAGAAUGGAGCGCACCCAAAAGUGGCUGAUAUCCACGGGGUGCGGGCGCUGUUCUCCGGACCCCCUCUGGGUAUGAAGAGGAUGAAUGUAGAGCACAUGAGGCAUAUCUGCCCCCUGCUCUUCCUGACGCCCCGCCUCCCAGGCUUCCUGAUUGGCAGGCGGCUCAACAGUCACGCUCUUGAAUUGCUCUUGCUGGACCGUGCCCUGAGACGCCUUGGACCUCAUCAGCUGAGUGACUCUGAACUCAAACAGGCCUGUUAUGUCAGAGGACUCAACUCAGACGAUCUCGAUGCCAACCAGUGUCGUGAGUGGCUGUCCCAAUGGCUACAGGUCACGGCUCCCUUGAGGGGGAGCGAGGGCUCUCUGCUUCUUCACAGCAUGGUUUUACUAUCGGCCAACUACCCACGACGCUUCAGUGGCCAAUGAGAAGACUGGUCGUGUGCCGAACAGUCGUGUGCCGAAUAGUGCAGCAGGCUUGGUUUUCUACAUUAUAAAAACCAAAAAUGCUUUACAAAUAUGAAAAUGCUCCAAGAGAGGAUCCAUUGUCUUUGACAUCCAUAUCCUGAACUCCAGGGAUCGUGAUGUUUAGAGUAAAAGAUUUACAGUGGAUUCAAGUGAAGGGUGGUUGCAGUUAAUAAUUCAGGGCAUGUAUUAGCAUCUACCGCUUUUUCUCCGAACCAGUCAUGGCUCAUACCUCAACUUAGAUUGACUCUAACGUCAGACAGGAGUAACGAUAGACCAACACAAAACAAGUAGCCCUGCUCUGUAUGUUUAUAACUAGCAUGUUUUGUUUGAAGUGUGAACAUUGCAAAUUAUAUUAGUUUUAAUUUAUUUAUUAUUCCUUCGUUGACCAUGUCUUUCAUGUUCUACUGCACAUAAGCUUUCACUAUUGGGUUUAAAAUGUAUAGAACAUAGGCUUAAGGUUUAAAAAUACCAUCUAAAGUUAUUGAAUAUCGUCCAAAUGAUGUUAGACAUGCAAUGUGGUCAUCAUUUGGGGAAUCGACUCCUAGAUGUUUCCGCUCUGGUUGAUCGUAGAUAGACCCACGUGGCUUCCCUUUGGGCGUAGCACAAUAACACUCCGUCUUACAGAGUUGUGAUGCCCCUUUUUUGAUGGCCUUGUUUACUUGAUGUGUCUUUGAAUGAGAGGCUUUGCAGUGGAUCUAUUUCUGUUGAGCAGAAUAUACUUGCACUGAAAAAUACAAUGACCUGGCUUCAACCUUUUUCUUUUUUACAAAGAACUGCACAACAUCCUUUAUGGUGCAGUUCAAGCGCUUUGUCACUCGUAAAUUGUGAAAGAGGAAAUGACUUGUUUACUAAUGUAAUACCAGGAAGCCUAAAACCACAGUUCAUUUUAAGUUUCUCAAAGAUUAUGUUGUAUUGCUUAAAAGAAAAAAAUAUACCUACAUAUAUAUAUCUUGUUUUGUUUGAUUCUGAAGUGCUUUUAAAUAUGUUUUGCCAAGAUUUGAAAGAAAGUGUCCUAAAUAAACUGAGACAAAGAAGGA